AUGAAGCUCGUUAUCACUUUAAUAUUCAGCAUCAUUUUUGGAUGUCAAGGGUCAAUAAUUGUGGAUUCAAAUAAACAAAAUAAUUUGUCACUGCGACAAGCUUUCAACAAGAUAAAUGAAGUCACUGCGGGGCUGUUUGAUCAACAGCCAGUUGACGAGUUGUUCCAGAAAUCAUUAAACCUCACCUGCAUCGAAGCUUUCUUGAAAUUAGACAAAAUUGGCAGAAAAGUCAUCAACAAAAGCCUCACAAAAUGGAUUUUUGCCAUGACUAGCUUUCAAUGCAUGACCGACGACCAAAAAAAUGAAUUUUUGACACUUUUUAUCACAAAUGGAUUCAAAAUCUAUGAACAUGAAGCAGGAGGACAUAGAUGCAGUAAGUUGUUACUCCUUAAAACCGAUCCGAGCUCAAAAAUGAUUGAAAAUUUCGAUGAAGAUCUUGAUGAUGUGGAAGUAGAGCUUUGUGAGCAACUGUUGAUUGCUGAUGCACUUGACAGCAUCGUUGAUGAAUAUAUUGGAGACUUUAAUGCACCUGAAUGUGUUGAGAGGAUUAGGGAGCAUCAAAAGACGUUUAUGGUUGUGUUUUUGAACUUAGCUGUUGAGGAUGAUCAGGAAGUGUUGGAGUUUGAGAUGAAAAACUGUGUGGAGGUCAUUAAGGGGAAUAUAGCUGAGGUUUUUGAGUGUUUAAUGAAUAAGCUGGAUUAG